AUGGCCUCUUGCGCGAUGAUUAAUGCUGUGCUCUGUGCUUCCACGAAUUCCAUGACACUGGGGUUGGGGCUGGAAAAAUGGGGACUGGCCGGUGGUGGCAUUGUGUUAACAAAAGUGACUGCUUUUGUGGACAAGGCGAACCUUGCCCACAUUUGCUCUCUCUGUUUGCGACCUUUCUCAUUCGCUAGAAUUAACCUUUAUGUUUUCUACGAUUCCAUAUCCCUAAACAACGCGUCUUCUACGCGCACUGCUAUGGCCGAGGCCUGUCUCUACACAUCUAGAUCCCUUUAUUAA